AGCCCGCAGCCAAUUUCUCGGCUCGUGGCGGGCACCUGGGUCCUUGGUCCGCAGUCCGUUUGUCCGUCCUUCCCUCUGACUUUCUCCUGCCCCCUGCCCGUCUCUGCAGAGGUCACAGGAGGCGGGGGCCGAGCACGCGUCCCCGGCGGCAGCGGCAGUGGCAGCUGCGGGUUCGCGGAGCCCCCGAACCCCCAAGGGCAAGAGGAGCGCGUGGCAGACCAAAGAGAGCCCGUGAGCGGCCGUGCGCCCACCAAUAGGUGCGGGGCUCGGAGCCGCCCAGCCUGCGCGGUCCCUCCCUCCUCCCUCAGCCCCCGCCGCCGCCGCCGCCUCCCCCUCCUCCCGCUCCUGACUCUGCUUCUCCACCGCGCGUCUGGCACUCUGAGAGCCGCAGCGGCAGCGGCGGGUGCAGCCUGCGGAGAGCCAGGCCGGGGACGCCGACCGGCAGCCGGAGAGGACGCGAGGGCGCACGCCGCAGUCCCCCACCCUCAGUCCCCGCGGCGGCUGCUGACCCGCCACUAUGGCCCGCGGAAAAGCCAAGGAGGAGGGCAGCUGGAAGAAAUUCAUCUGGAACUCGGAGAAGAAGGAGUUUUUGGGCAGAACCGGUGGCAGUUGGUUUAAGAUCCUUCUCUUCUACGUAAUAUUUUAUGGCUGCCUCGCUGGCAUCUUCAUCGGAACCAUCCAAGUGAUGCUGCUCACCAUCAGUGAAUUUAAGCCCACGUAUCAGGACCGAGUGGCCCCACCAGGAUUAACGCAGAUUCCUCAGAUCCAAAAGACUGAAAUUGCCUUUCGUCCUAAUGAUCCCAAGAGCUAUGAGGCAUACGUGCUGAACAUAGUUAGGUUCCUGGAGAAGUACAAAGAUUCAGCCCAGAAGGAUGAUAUGAUUUUUGAAGACUGUGGCAGUGUGCCCAGCGAGCUCAAAGAGCGAGGAGAAUUUAACAACGAGCGAGGAGAGCGCAAAGUCUGCAGGUUCAAGCUUGAGUGGUUGGGCAAUUGCUCUGGACUAAAUGAUGAAACUUAUGGCUACAAAGACGGCAAACCAUGCGUCAUCAUAAAGCUCAACCGAGUUCUGGGCUUCAAACCUAAGCCUCCCAAGAAUGAAUCCUUGGACACGUACCCAGUGAUGAAGUACAGCCCGUAUGUUCUGCCUGUUCAGUGCACUGGCAGGCGAGACGAAGAUAAGGAGAAGAUCGGAACCGUGGAGUAUUUCGGACUGGGCGGCUACCCCGGCUUUCCCCUGCAGUAUUACCCCUACUACGGGAAGCUCCUGCAGCCCAGGUACCUGCAGCCCCUGCUGGCCGUGCAGUUCACAAACCUCACCAUGGACACGGAAGUCCGCAUAGAGUGUAAGGCGUACGGGGAGAACAUUGGGUACAGUGAGAAGGACCGUUUCCAGGGACGCUUUGAUGUAAAAAUUGAAGUUAAGAGCUGAUCACAAGCACAGAUCUUUCCCACUAGCCAUUGAAAAAAAGUUUAAAAAAAGAUAACAAAAACAAAAACCUACUAGUCUUGAACAAACUGUCAUACGUAUGGGACCUACACUUAAUCUAUAUGCUUUACACUAGCUUUCUGCAUUUAAUAGGUUAGAAUGUAAAUUUAAAGUGUAGCAAUAGCAACAAAAUAUUUAUUCUACUGUAAAUGACAAAAAGAAAAAUAAAAAUUGAGCCUUGGGACGUGCCCAUUUUUACUGUAAAUUAUGAUUCCAUGACUGACUUGUAGUGAGCAGUGUUUCCGGCCCCUAAGUAUUGCUGCCGUGUGUGUUUUAUUUAGUGUACAGCACGACAGGUGCGCACUCUGGUCAUUUUUCAAGCCAUGUUUUAUCGUAUCUUUUUUCUACUUUAUGUGAGCAAGGUUUGCUGUCCAAGGUGUAAAUAUUCAAUGGGAAUAAAACUGGCAUGGUACUUUUUUUUUUUUCUCCUUCUUUUUGGGUUUGGCUCUUUCAAAGAUAAUGGCCCAUCAAAUGAGCAUUUUAAACACACUCCAUAGUCUUUUCCUGUGGUGUUAGGUCUUUAUUUUUAUUUUUAUUUUUUCCUGGGUCUGGGCUGGGGGGGUGGGGUGGGGAAGGGUGGGCUGUCAUGGGGGAACUGCCCUUUAAAUUUUAAGUGACACUACAGAAAAACACGAAAAAGGCGAUGGGUUGUGUUGUGCUUUGUACUGAAUGCUGUCUUGACGUCUCUUCCCCGUCCUCCAGUACGUCCUGAAGCUGUGUCUGAGAUCUGGCACGCCCGUCACUGCCUAGUGAUAGGGUGAACUUACUCGCUUUGUACAUUUUCUUUCACUUUCCUUUUACUUUUUUCUUUUUCCUUUCUCUGGAGGCAUCACAUGCUGGUGCUGUGUCUUUAUGAAUGUUUUAACCAUUUUCAUGGUGGAAGAAUUUUAUAUUUAUGCAGUUGUACAAUUUUAUUUUUUUCUGCAAGAAAAAGUGUAAUGUAUGAAAUAAAAACCAAAGUCACUUGUUUGAAAAUAAAUCUUUAUUUUGGACUUUAUAAAAAGCAAUGCAGUACCCCAUAGACCGGUGUUAAAUGUCGUCUACAGUGCAAAAACCCGUGUUCUAACAUCUGUCAUAAUUGCCAGGAGUACAGUGCUCUUGUUGGUCUUGUAUUCAGUCAGGUUAAAACAAUGGACAAUAAAAGAAUGAACACUC